AUGACAGAGACAGAAAGAGGCACACUGUCCAACGGAUAUGACCUGUCCCAACCGCAUGAGGAACACCAAUACCUUGACCUGAUCCGGAACAUCCUUGAGGACGGCGAGCAUCGCCCGGACAGAACAGGAACAGGUACUCUUUCCCUCUUUGCACCUCCAGCCCUCCGCUUCUCCCUCUCGCGGCCCUCACCAGAUCCCUCAUCACACCCGAUCCCGGUACUGCCACUUCUGACCACCAAACGGGUCUUCCUCCGCGCCGUCAUUGCGGAACUCCUCUGGUUCAUUACCGGCUCCACUUCGUCCUUGCCUCUCUCUGAAGCCGGUAUAAAGAUCUGGGACGGCAAUGGCAGCCGCGAGUACCUCGAUAGCGUUGGCCUUUCUCACAGAGAAGUAGGAGAUCUGGGACCUGUCUAUGGUUUCCAAUGGCGGCAUUUUGGCGCAGAGUAUGUGGAUGCGAAGACAGAUUACAUGGGCAAGGGAGUGGAUCAGUUAGCAGAGGUCAUUGAAAAGUUGAAGAAUAAGCCGUAUGAUCGAAGGAUAAUACUGAGUGCGUGGAAUCCUGCGGAUCUGGGGAAGAUGGCAUUGCCGCCUUGUCAUAUGUUUGCACAAUUCUACGUUUCAUUCCCAAAAGCCUCGAAGUCUGGUGUGCAGGCAAACGGCGACCACGCGGAGUCGGCAGCGCGUGCCAAUGGCAACAGGGUGCUUAAACCUCGAGGCGUUCUUUCCUGCCAGCUGUACCAACGUUCAUGCGAUAUGGGACUCGGUGUCCCUUUCAACAUCGCCUCUUACGCUUUGUUAACACACAUGCUUGCAGAUGUAUGCGACUUGAAUCCCGGAACCUUCAUUCAUACGAUGGGAGACGCCCAUGUAUAUCUGGAUCACGUGGAUGCCUUGAAGGUACAGCUAGAGAGAAUACCAAGGGAUUUCCCAGAUCUUAAGGUUUUGGAUCACCAUGAAGGAAGUAUUGAUGGGUGGAAGGCGGAGGAUUUUGAGAUAAAGGGGUAUAAGCCGCAUGCGAGUAUUCCCAUGAAGAUGAGUGUUUGA